UCAAAAGCCGUUUCAGUUGCUGUCGAGACGCGAAUCAAGUCACAACUAAAAGUAUUCGAGUGAACGCACUGAGACUGCGCAACCGGUGAACAGUGAAAUUUGCAUACAAACACGCAGACAAGCAUACAAAUUGUACUAAUUCAAAUAAAGUGAAAUUGCUGGAGGACAGCGAAAGAAAGAAUGUGGCGUAGGCUUUUUGCAAUCGUCUUGCUGGCCAGUUGCAUUUGCGAAAAUUCCUUCGCUCAGGAUGCUCUGCGUGGUAUCCAUUUCCCAGUGGAGAGCCAUGAUAAUUCCUGCUUUGUGGAUGCCGCAAAGAAAGUGCGUGGCACUUGCAAAAAUCUCGCCGAAUGCGGCUCAGCGUUGCGUCGUUGGAAGAAUCAAAAUAUACGCCCACAAACUUGUUACUUCAAUAAAUUCGAACAUAUAGUCUGUUGUGAUAUCGAAAGAAGUCCCAUAUUGGAGCCGAUCCUUUAUAUGAAGCCCAUGCAGGUGAAGAGACGCAGUGAAGUGGAAUGUGAAUCCCAACAUGGCACCUUUUACACAACCGUUGUGAACGGACAACCAGCAGCGCCCAAUGAAUUCCCCUACAUGGCCGCCGUGGGUUGGAUAUCGAAUACGGAUAGAAGUAGCGCUUUCUUUUACUGUGCCGGUGUUUUGAUAUCACCGAGGUUCGUCUUAACUGCAGCGCAUUGUACCGGUUUGGGAGGACAAUCACCAACAGUGGUUCGCAUUGGUGGCACUAAUCUUACCGAUUCGAGAACACCCAACAUACCGAUUAAACGGAUCAUAGUACAUCCCAGCUAUCAAAGUGGCUCUUCUUACAAUGACAUUGCGCUGUUGGAACUUGCGCAGGAUACGAGAGCGAAACCUGCCUGCUUGUGGACCCAGUAUGAUGUGCCUCAUAAUAAUGUGACAGCGCUCGGUUAUGGACAUACACAAUUUGCUGGCGCAAACUCAAAUGUCUUACAUAAGGCCGUCAUAUUCCUUGUGCCGAGCGAUGUUUGUCAACGCUACUACAUGCCCGAUGAGAAUAUAUUGCAGCAGGGCUUGGCGAAUACACAAAUCUGCGCGGGGGAUCAAGAAAAUCGACGCGACACGUGUCAGGGUGACUCCGGUGGACCGCUGAUCUUGAAGGUGGAUCGCGACAUCACCUACUCGUAUGUGGUGGGUAUAACGUCGUUUGGACAAGCUUGUGGUGGCGCACCGCCGAGUAUUUAUUCGCGUGUUUCGGCGUACAUUGACUGGAUAGAGGAUAUUGUAUGGCCGAUAGCACAAUUGAGUGGUUUCGGUGUUAACGGUUGAUGACGUCGUUGUAGCGCUGUAAUUUAAAUGUUAGCAGUAGUUUUAUUCCACACAUAUUAUUGAAAGUAAUAUUAUAUCCAUUUGCACAUGAGAAUUGAUUGUUCGAGGCAAUAUCCCCAAAAUAAAUUUUACAUUCUCAUUACCCAUAA